AUGGCACCCGUUGGAGGAAAAAAGGCCAAGAAGGGCAUUCUAGAACGCUUGAAUGCUGGAGAGUUCCUCAGAGCUGGAUCGAAUGUCAUGCAGACCUUCACCUUUUAUGCCAGUGAAGACAAGCUGGAGAACAGGGGCAACUAUGUUGCAGAGAAGAUAUCUGGGCUGAAAGUCAACGAAGCUGCCUGCGAUAUUGCUCGUCAAGUGGCUGAUGAGGGCGACGCUUUGGUGGCAGGAGGUGUAAGUCAGACACCAUCAUACCUCAGCUGCAAGAGUGAAACUGAAGUUAAAAAAAUAUUCCAGCAACAGUUAGAGGUGUUCAUGAAGAAGAAUGUGGACUUCUUGAUUGCAGAGUAUUUUGAACACGUCGAAGAAGCUGUGUGGGCGGUGGAGGCAUUGAAGGCAUCUGGUAAACCAGUGGCAGCGACCAUGUGCAUAGGGCCAGAAGGAGACUUGCACGGCAUUGCCCCCGGCGAGUGUGCUGUGCGGCUGGCAAAAGCAGGAGCUUCCAUCAUUGGCGUGAACUGUCAUUUUGAUCCCACAAUUAGUUUACAAACUGUGAAACUCAUGAAAGAAGGUUUGGAGGCUGCCAGAUUGAAAGCCCACCUGAUGGCCCAGCCCUUGGCCUACCACACUCCUGACUGCGGCAAACAGGGGUUUAUUGAUCUCCCAGAAUUCCCCUUUGGACUAGAACCUAGAGUUGCAACCAGAUGGGAUAUUCAAAAGUACGCCAGAGAGGCCUACAACCUGGGUGUCAGGUUCAUUGGUGGUUGCUGUGGAUUUGAGCCCUACCACAUCCGGGCAAUUGCAGAGGAGCUGGCCCCAGAGAGGGGAUUUUUGCCACCAGCUUCAGAAAAACAUGGCAGCUGGGGAAGUGGUUUGGACAUGCACACCAAACCCUGGAUUAGAGCAAGGGCCAGGAGGCAAUAUUGGGAGAAUCUUCGGAUCGCCUCAGGCAGGCCAUACAACCCUUCAAUGUCAAAGCCUGAUGCUUGGGGAGUGACCAAGGGAACAGCCGAGCUGAUGCAGCAGAAAGAAGCCACAACUAACCAGCAAUUGAAGGAGCUCUUUGAAAAACAGAAAUUCAAAUCUGCGCAGUAGCCUCAACGGGGAAUCUCUAUUUGGUUAAUUCCUCUGUUUGGGCAACAGUUCCUAAGAAUAAGGAAAAGAUGGUUAAAAAGCAAUGCAUGUAUUAAGGCCAGGCUCCACAUUUAAUUGGUAUUAGCUGAAUGAAAUCCAAGUACAAAUAGAGCUUGACCAUUUUAAAAUUAUGUCUUAGAAGGUUCCUAAGAAUCUUAAAUCUUAAACAGAUUUCCCAAGCACCUACCAUGUAGAAGGCAUGAUAGAAAUCACUUAGCCCAGG